UGUUUUCUCGAAGCAUCAGACAAUCGUUUGCACUUGGCAUGCCAAGAGGGUCAUUUGGAGAUUGCCAACAAUGUGAUAAACAAAAAUAGCAAUCUUUGCACUGUGAAGGACAAUAAUGGGCUAAUUCCACUUCACAUUGCAGCAAUGAAAGGCAAGGUUGAGAUUGUCAAGCUGCUAGUUGAUGCUUGCCCUGAGUCGGUGAAAGAAGCGACUGCAAUGGGAGAGACUUGUCUUCAUCUUGCUGUCGUGUAUAAUAAGGUGAAGGUGUUCCAGUACUUGGUGAAAUGGCUCGAGGAGAGAAUCGACAAUGGCGAUUUGAUUAACAGAAAGGGUAGAGGUGGAAACACGGUCUUACACCUUGCAACAUCGAGAAAACAACUCCAGACAUUAAAAAUACUGCUUGAUAAUCAAAGCCUUAACAAAAUGGUGGAAGUCAACGCAAAGAACUCCGGCGGUUUCACCCCUCUCGACAUCCUAGAUGUCCUCCCAUAUUCCAGGAAGAUCGACAUGGAAAUCAGCAAAAUUCUUCGACAAGCAGGCGCCAUGGGGGCCCGUGACAUAGCCGAUCAAAGCUUCAACUGUGGGGACGAUAACUAUUCCCAACCACCACCACAUAUGAGCACCAUCAUGUCAAUUCUCAAAUUCAGAAGAGAAACAUACAACGCAGUACUUUUAGUCACAGCCACACUUUUGACAACAAUAACAUUCCUUGGGUUCACCUCAUCCGGGGCAUUGGUUAUUUUCCUCCUACAUGAAUUCCCAUUGAAACCGUGGCCACAAAUCUCGGUAUUAGCCAUGUUUGGUGCUUAUAUGUGCUCAAUAAUGGCAGUAUCUCCAAAUGAGGCAUGGGCUAUGCUCUGGUUAGCAAUCCCCUUCUUGUUAUUGGCUGCUGGAGGAAAAUUUUGUGGCCUUGGCCGACAGAGGCCUUAUGCAGGAUGCAGAGAUAGAGACGCAUAAAAAACGACACUUUUUGUGAUUAGAAAAUGCUAUAUAUAAUCCCAUUUCUUACCUCAUUUUAUAUAUGUAGAAAUACCGUGUUGUGAUUUUACUCAUAUUUUGUUACCAUAGCUAAAAAAUAAGAGUGGUAGAGUGGGUCUAACGAAAAGGGAUUUUGAAUCGGGUGGGUACUAUUUUUGCUAUUUGGGUUGUUUUUGUAAGUAAUUAAUAUACAUAUAACUAUAAUAAUA